CAUGAUGGCCUAAUUCAGGGGCAGAGGUAUGUUCCCAAGCCCUUUGCUUCUUACAGGGGGAGGGGGAGGCGCCCAGAACCCUCACCCCUCCUUCUGCCGAGAGGUGCAGUGACGUUCACCUGCAGAGCGCUAGAGAGUGGAUCCCACAGUUAGGCCCGCUGUUUUUGGGAAACUAGGGCGUUCUAAUGGGCCCCCUCUCUACAAACACUCCUCUCCCAUCCCCCAUUUACCUCCUACCCCAAGAUGUGACAGCCUCAAUUCCGGGCGCUCCCUUCACCGACCAUCCAGCUGCUCCCCAGCCGGGUGGUCCCCAGCCCAGUCUGGCGACUGCCAGGCAUUUGCAGCAACUCCUCCCUUCGGGCCCACCCCUUGGAAGGGAAAGGGGCGUGUGUUCCUUUAAGGGGCUGGCCUGGCGGGAGCGCGGGGGUUUGUCCCGAGCCGCUUCCUUUCUGGCAAUUGAAUAUCCCCAAAUCCUUCUGCGGCCUCGCACCCGGCAGUCGGAAGCCCCGAGCGCUCGAGCCGUCGAAGAGCCGCCCGGGGACGCUUGCCCAGGCCCCUAGCUUUGCCCAGGGUACACUGCUGCUGCAGCCGUCCAUGACACGAUGAGCCCGCUGCUCCUGCUGCUCCUGCUGCCCUACGCCUCUGGACUGCCCUUCUACAAUGGCUUCUACUACUCCAAUGGCCCCAACGGCUGGGGUCUUGGCCAUGGCGAAGGCUUGUUCAACGGAGUGAAGCUGGUGGUGGAGACGCCUGAGGAGACCCUGUUCACUCACCAAGGGGCCAACGUGACCCUGCCCUGUCGCUACCACUAUGAGCCAGCCCUGGCCUCCCCAAGGCCGGUGCGCAUCAAGUGGUGGAAGCUGUCGGAGAACGGGGCCCCGGAGAAGGAUGUGCUAGUGGCCAUCGGGCUGAGGCACCGCUCCUUCGGGGACUACCAAGGCCGGGUGCACCUUCGGCAGGAGAGGGAGUGGGAAGUCUCACUGGAGAUCCGGGACUUGCAACUGGAGGACUAUGGGCGCUACCGCUGCGAGGUCAUUGAUGGGCUGGAGGAUGAGAGUGGCCUGGUGGAGCUGGAGCUGAGGGGCGUGGUCUUUCCCUACCAGCCUCCCCAGGGGCGCUACCAGCUCAACUUCCAUGAGGCCCAGCAGGCCUGUGAGGAGCAGGACGCGGUUCUGGCCUCCUUCGAGCAGCUCUUCCGGGCCUGGGAGGAGGGCCUGGACUGGUGUAAUGCAGGCUGGCUGCAGGACGCCUCAGUGCAGUACCCCAUCAUGCUGCCCCGGCAGCCCUGUGGUGGUCUGGGCCUGGCGCCUGGCGUGCGCAGCUACGGCCCACGGCACCGCCGCCUGCACCGCUAUGAUGUGUUCUGCUUCGCCACUGCCCUGAAGGGGCGGGUGUACUACCUGGAGCACCCCGAGAAGCUGACCCUGACAGAGGCAAAGGCAGCCUGCCAGGAGGACGGUGCCCAGAUCGCCAAGGUGGGCCAGCUCUUUGCCGCCUGGAAGUUCCGGGGCCUGGACCGCUGUGAUGCUGGCUGGCUGGCAGAUGGCAGCGUCCGCUACCCAGUGGCUCACCCCCGCCCCAACUGUGGGUCUGCUGAACCCGGCGUCCGAAGCUUUGGCUUCCCAGACCCGCAGAGCCACAAGUAUGGGGUCUACUGCUACCACCAGCGGUAGAACUCGGGGUGCCAGCCCUGCACCCACUCACUCCCUCAACAGCUGUGUAUUUAUCAAAUGGUUCGUCAUCCCUUGAGGGUUAGGGCAAUUUUAGUGUUGUUUUUAUACUUAAACAGUUUUAAAGUAUGACUAUUUUUUGUAAACUCGACAGAAUCCAGGCCCUUCCUUUGCUCAGUGGACACCCCCAAGGCUCUUGCCCUCCAGAAAUCCUCCUGCUUCCUCCUCUGGGACAUUUGUGCCUUUUGGGCUUUUAAAAAGUCUCUUGUCAUCACUGAGCCUGGCCCUGUCUCUGCCCUGGGCAUGCUGUUACCCAGAGGAGGCUAUAGCCUGUCCACGGUGCCUCAGGGAGUCAGUGUUACGGGAAAAAGGUUCUUGCCUCUCAUUGGUCACGAAUAAAUUUUCCACACAAGCAAAGGUUUAUUGAAGAGGCUUGUAAGCGGAGAUGAGGAGGGCCUAAGCAACGCAUACUCCCGUCUCACAGAACAAAAGAUGGGCCUGGGUUUUUAAAAAUUCUUGGGUGGGAAAAGAUUCAUGUUUAUUCGUAGGCACAGGCGGGGAUAUGUUAACUAUCGUGCACGUGCAGCAGCUUUCCAAGAUGGCUCCUGUCCCGGAGGCCUCUGGGAUUCAUAAUAGGACUUAUUAUGCGGUGUUGCACCUGUGCAGUCUCUCGCUCCCCGGGUCCGAUUCCCUGGCUGGGGCUGUAGCCCCUUACUGCCUUUGGUGGAAGGUCACACAGCGGUCACAGGUGGCUAUUCUGUGCAUGUCCCUGGGCGAGUUUUCUCCAGCUGGUUCUGAAAGACAACUCUGAAGAAGUUUGCAGCCAAUUUUCUGAUACCUUGCCCCAUUGUUCUGGGGAAUAGCUUUGUUUCUACUUCCUGGCACAUUUCUUGUUACUUUGUUUGCACAUUUGGGGGCCCCUCUGUUCCCUUCUCAACAAGUCCCUAGGUUCCACACCCAACCCCCUAUUACUUCCCUGAUAGCAUAGCCUAUCCCUCUUUUACUUGCUUCUGCUCUAAUCACGCCAGCCUCUUUGCUGUUCCUCAAACAGGCACCCUCCAAUCUCAGGGCCUUUGGUCCCUGUCUUAUCAGGGCUGAGCUGGAGUAGACCUUGGCCUUUUCUUGUACUGUGUGGCUUCAAACCCAGCCUAGGGCAAGGAGAGGGCUUCGGGCCUUGCAGCUCCUUGCCCCUCCUACUCUUCUGCUAAGCUGCUGGCCCAAAUCAACCCCUGGGAGAAACUGCAGCUGGAAGGGAGUCCCCAUGCUCCUAUUCAAAACCCGGACAGUCCCCUCCCUUCUCUCCUGAUUCCAAAGAACCUGUGUUUUGUUCUCAUUUUUCCCCAAUUGGGGAGUGGCCCUCAGGUGUGUGUUCUUUCUUUGGACAAUAAAUGCUGCUGUGACCAUUUCCUCUGUUCCCAGCCCUCCCCUGUGUCUGCUUCAGUCUCUGGGCACAGCUAUCUGGCCCAGUGGGCAUGGUGGGGGGCCGUUCUCUCCCAGGCUUCACCGGGCAGCUGGGCCAGUUCAGUUGGUGCUAUUCAUUGAAUUGUGUCGCCCAGAAUGUGUUGGGAUCCUAACCCCUAUAUGUGUGCAUGUGAUCGUAUUUGGGAAUAAUGAGGCCAUAUCGGUAUAGGGUGUAUCUUAAACCUAAUCACCCUUGAGACAUAAAAAGCAGAUUGGGCACAGAGAAGGAGUCCCUAGGUGGCAAACAGUUAAGUACUCGACUAUUAGCUGAAAGGUUGGGGAUUUGAACCCACCCAGAGAAGCCUCAGAAGACAGGCCUGGCGAUCUCUUUCCAAAAAGUCACAGCCUUGAGAACCCUAUGGAGUAAUUCUAUUCUGCCCACGUGAGGCCGCCAUGAGUAGGAAUCGACUUGACACAACUAGCAACACCAACAACAGCAGCAAAAUGUAACUAAGCCUGCGUCAGCUUCCAGCCAUGUGAGCACCCCAUCCUGGGACUGCAUCUUUCAUCCUGAGUCAAGCGGCCCCAGCUGAUGCCAUGUGGAGCAGAGAUGCAGAAUCAUGGGCAAAAUUGAGUUCUGUGGUUUUAAGUGUUGGGAUAUAGGGUCACUAUGAGUCGGGAUUGACUCGACAGCAACGGGUUUUAAGUUUUGCAGUGGAACAGAGGACUGCUUUUAUUCUGAGUUUUGGCUUGAAUUCCACUUGUUAAUGAUUUAUUUAUUGUCUAUGUAUUAUGACCCUGCCUUAGUCCAUCAGCAUUACUUGCCUAAGGGCACUGAGGCAUCAGGACUCCUGAAACCUCCCUUGACAUCUGGAUCUACUCAGUAGUGUUUAGUGUAGCGCUACAAGCCAGACCGCCUGGGUUGGAAUCCUUCCUUGGCCAUUCGGUGGCUGUAAGACCUUGGUCAAGCUUGUGCCUCUGUUAGGGCUUCUGGGUAGAUGUCCUAGGAGGUCACUAAGGAGAAAACAAAGCAAGUGAGGGGUGGAAUCAGGGCAAGGGUCAGUGCCCUCUGGGGAAAGGAGCUCUGAGGUCAGCCUGCUGUGCUGACCAGGAGUGGCACCACCUCCAUCAGCUGGGCCCACCUCUCUCAGGCCCUCAGGGGCUGAGACAGCAUGAAGAGAAGCUGGCAGCUGUCAGGUAGUCACAGAAUAAAGAACUUUAGAAUUGGAGCUGAGUCCUGGUUGCCCCCCAGAGGCCGCACACAUGACCCCAGAGAAGGAUGGCAGCAGAUGUGUCCAGGUGGGGGCCUUACUAGCUGGAAUUUGCGGAGUUUCUGGACCUGGGGUGUGAUCUCUAUGCUGAGAUGACGAAUAUCUCAGCAGUAACCACGUGCACAUCUGUCUGAUGACAGAUGCCUUGGCCCAGCCUAAGAUCCGGGAACUGGGCCUACCCAUGUGGUGGGAGAUGGAGUAGGGAAUGGAUCUCCAAGAACUAGGCUUAAGUUCCCCCCAGUUUAGCAGAAUAGUUGAUUUAUGAAAAGUAAGGUUAAACCUUAUGUGCACCUGAGUUUGAGGGCUGAGCUUUCUACCCAGCGCACAUGCUUUCGUAUCGUGGGUCCCGGGGAUCUAAUCUCUUCCCACUCUUGUUGAAGCAGAGGAGCCAGCAAGCUCACUGCAUCCCAUCUGCUGGGAUGGGGGCUGGAGAGGAGGGGGCUGGCUUUCUCUCAGACACCAGAUGACAGUUUCCCAGGGAGCCAGUCCUCCACCUGCCCCGAGGGUGGCAAGGGUAGCUUUGGACAGCAGCCGUGAGUUAGGGAGAUUGGGAGAGCGCCCACGAGUGGCCGGGAGAGGACUGAGGUACAGGGCGUUGCAUGAAGGUUUUCAAAGCAGGAGACUGUCACUUAACUGAAGAAUUAUUUACUGAGCAUCUAUCUACUACGUGCCAGGUCCUGGGCUAGGUGCUGCGGGUUAAGUAAAAUAAAGUAUGUGAGAAAGCAUGGAUUCAGAGUGGGGCACAUUUUAGGUGCUUCAAAAAUGUUAUAUUCCUUGUACUCUUCCUGGAAGGAUACCAAGGUGAGGAAAACCCAGUUCCUCAAGGAUCUUAAUGUUCUGGAAGAAGGUCAGGACCCUCACAUGGCUCUCUAGAACCUAGGCAAAGCAAGGUUAGUACUGUAAGCCAGGUCCAAGGACCCAAGGAGUUCAGUGGAAGGAGAGAGAACACCUGGUUGGGGCUUCAUGGAAGAAGUACCAUGUGAGGAAUGAGUGUGUGUAUAGGGGAGGUGGUGAGGUGAAGAAGGGGACAGGGGACAGGACUUGUGGGGUCAGUGCUGGUUCAAUGGUAGAAUUCUCACCUUCCAUGCCUGAGAACAAGGUUCAAUUCCCAGCCAGUGUACUUCAUUCACCCCUACCUACCACCCAUCUGUCAGUGAAGGCUUGCAUGUUGCCAUGAUGCUGAACAGGUCUCAACAACACUUCAAGAUUAAGACAGACUAGGGAGAAAAUCCUGGCACUAUACUUCCAAAAAAUCAGCCAAUGGAAACACUAUGGAUUACCACGGGCCAAUUCACAACUGAUCAGGGGGAUGGCGCAGGAAUGGGCAGCCUUUCCUUCUAUUGUGCAUGUGGUUGCUGUGAGUUGGCCAACUCAAUGUCAGCAAACAAAAACAACAAUGUCAGAAGACUAAGCCACAACAGAACAUGCUCUGGCUGUCCCUAACCUCCAGAGUGACAGUUCAGGUGCACAUCAGUUGGUUGGAAUUUGGAAUGCAUUUUCCCAUGCGGAUAACACUGUAGAUGGACGCUGGGUUCUUAGGCCAGAGAAUGGAAGAUUACUCAAAGCCAUUAUUCAGCUACAUUAUUCAACUAGAUUACUCAAAGCCAUUGCCUAGUUCAGAGUCCAGAGAGAUGGUAGGUCUCUGGCACACCUCCUUCUGGGGGGCUGGGCCUGCCAUUGGCCAAGGGUUUUGUUUUUCUGGGGUGUGGUUUGUUUUAGGAGGAGAGGAGAAAUCAUAAGUUCAGUAAUCAUUGUAUUUAAUAACAAAGCAAUCAACUGGCACAUAUGUAUAAUUACAUAUUAAAGAAUAACCAGUUUGCAGAAGGUAAUAAUGAAAUAUGUCCUAAAUUGCUGUCAAAAUAGCAGGCAGGCAAGUCUUAGAAUUUCCCAGUGGCCAAAGCAGUGUUGUUUAAAGUAAAUGCCCCUGUCUCUCCCACCCAGGUUUCCCAAGCCCUCUAAAUUCCUUGGCAGGAUGCCCUGAGGGUCUGGCAUAUCCACAGGGUCCUAUUGAGAAAAGAGCCAAAACUGGUUCUGUACCUAUGUUCACCAAGCUUUGUGUCACCACAUGGUAGACUGACUGCAAAACAGAACCCAAUUCUUCCCUUCCCUGUUCCCAUGUCCCUUUCUUUGUGACCUUGUAGCUCCUCCCAAUGAGAGUCCGGGUCUAUUUCCCCAUCCCUUGAAUCUGGGCUGGCCUUGUGACUUGCUUUAGCCAAUGACAGGGUGGCAGUGUGCAAGUUCUGGGCCUAGACCUCAAGCAUCACUCUCGACCCCUGUCUUCACCAUUAGAUCAAGCCUGUGCUGGGCUGUUGAGGAUGAGAGACCAUGUGGAACCGAGGCAAGCUGUUCCACCUGAGGCCAGUCUAGAUCAGCCAGGACCCAGCCCACCCACGAGCUUAGAGCACAUGCAUGAGCCAGCCCAGCAGACAUCAGCCAAGCUCAGCCUCAACCAGAAGAAUCAUCCAACUGACCCUCAGACUCAAGAGGCAAAAUAAAUGCUUAUUGUUUUCAGCCACUGGGUUUUGUGCUUAUUUUAUCAUACAGAGCAUUAUUCCAGUAGCAACGGAUCACUGGCAAACAAUGUAAUCCCACCACCCUGGUUACAGGGUUCUGUAGCUGAGCCCAAAGCAGCCAUCUGUAGGCUGACUAGUGGCCUCUGACAUGGCCUGGUGCUAAAGCUUUGCCCGACAGGUGCUCUCAAUACUGAAUAGUGAGUGGUCACCCAGCCAGAUCUUUCUUAGGGUGUUUGAUAACACCGUAAGAAGUGUGCAGGGAGGCGAGUGCAAAACCCUCAGAGAAGCAGGGAUACAAGUGGUAGGGAGGUGCUGAAACCAAGAAAUCUGGGUAAAGAAGACAGUAAGCAGAACCAAGGGUAGUGGUGGUUGGGUGGAAGAAUUCUCACUUUCCAUGCUGGAGACCCAGGUUCCAUUUAUGGCCGUGCACCUCACGCAGAGCCACUGCCCAUCUGUCAGUGGAGGCUUGCAUGCUGCUGUGAUAGUGAACAGGUUUCACUGGAGCUUCUAGAGUAAGAUGGACUUAGGAAGAAAGGCCCGGCAAUCGAGUUCCAAAAAUCAGCCAACGAAAACCCUGUGGAUCACAACGGUCUGACCUUUGUUGUGCAUGGAGUCACCAUGCAGCUAACAACAAACAAAAAGAAGCCAUGAAGCAGGAAGAAACAUACCUGAGGAGAUGCUUUCAGUGAAGAGGAGAGUGGAAAGGGGCGUUGGAGCAGAGGCUCAUGGGUGAAGCAGAAGCCAUGGCAAAAAUGGGCCAAGACACACUUGCAGCGGUGCCCCUCUGAGCAAGAGCACUUGCUCCCUGCCCUUGAAGGGCGAGGAGAGGCUCACACCCCUGCUCCUAGGGGUGGCCAUAGCCACCCUUAUCCUAAAUAAUGUGCCACCUCCCAGAUGUCUGGUGUCCUCACCUCCCCACGGAGCCUUAAAAUAACCCAACCUCUACUGGGUAAGACACCUGAGCUGGUCUUUGCCACCUGCAACCCGAGAGAACCGAAACACGUGACUGCACAAGUAGCACGUGAUCCCUGUAGAAAAUUUAGAAAAUAUAAAACCAAUUGCUGUCGAGUUGAUUCCGACUCAUGGCAGCCCCACAUGUGUCAGAGUCGACCUGCUCUCCAUAGGGUUUUCAAUGGUUGACUUUUUUGCAAGUAGAUCACCAGGCGUUUCUUCCAAGGUGUCUCUGGACGAAUUCAAACCACCAACCUUUUGGUUAGCAGCCAAGCAUGUUAACUGUUUGUACAACCCAGGGAAUCCUUAGGAAGGCUUCAUAUUGUCACUGAAUCUAUUCAUAGCAGCCAUAUAGGACAGAGUAGAACUGCCCCAAGAGAGUUUCCAAGGCUGUAAAUCUUUACAGAAGCAGUCUGCCACGUCUUUAUCUUUGGCUGGUGGGUUUGAACGGCCAACAUUUUGGCUAGCAGCCAAGUGCUUAGCCACUGUGUUACCAGGGCUCUUGGAAAAUAUAGAUAAGUCAAAACAAGAAAAUACAAGUCACCUGUAACCCCACCACUUAGAAAUAACCACUGUUGAUAUUUUGGUGUUUAUCCUUUCUCAAUGUUCUAAGCAUGUAUACAAAACAGAGUAACAGUACACAUGCUGUUUUAUACCAUUUUUUUUUCUAAACAACUUCUAGCAAACAUUUUUCCAAAUCAAUAAAAGUUUGUCAAUAGUUGUAGUGU